AUGUCUCCCAGGAUGCUGUCCGUGCCGCUGCUACUGUUGCUGGGUCUGGGGGUCUUCGUAGAGGCCAGAACAAUAGUGCCACAGAAGCCAGGCUGCGCGAGCCCCGAGGUGGUGAACUUCCUCCAGGAAGUGAAGGUCAACCUGAGCCUCCCCAUCUCCCUCAGCCCCAGAGUGAACUCCAGAAAGGCCGCAGACUAUGCGACCCGAUCCACCUCUCCUUGGGAUCUGCGACGCAGAGAGGACCCCGAGAGGUACCCGGCGGUGAUCUGGGAGGCGGAGUGCCGCCACCUGGGCUGCGUGAACGCACAGGGGGAGGUGGACCACGGCAUGAACUCUGUGCCCAUCCAGCAGGAGGUCCUGGUGCUGCGGAGGGAACCGCAGCACUGCCCGCCCUCCUUCCGGCUGGAGAAGAUGCUGGUGGCCGUGGGCUGCACCUGCGUCUCCCCCGUGGUGCGCCACGUGUCCUGA